AGUUCAUGUCUGCCACUUUCGUUACUGUGUGGUGAGACGCCCAUGAGACACCUGACUGUUCACAACAGCUCUUCAGUGCUUUACAAAGAUGCAGAGGUGGGUGGUAGUGUUCUGCUGGGCUCUCCUCGCCCUGGUUGCUGCUGAAGAGUGUCCAGACGGAGGGAGAUGUGGACAAGGUCAAACCUGCUGCAACGACCCGACAAAUGGUUACGAAUGCUGCCCAUUGGAGCUGGCUGAGUGCUGUGGGGAUCACACACAUUGCUGUCCUGCAGGCACAGUCUGCAAUUCAGCCAAAUCCAGCUGUGAUAACGCCACUAUGUCCAUCCCCUGGGUGGAAAGAGCUUCUGCUGAUCAACUUAGAAUCUCCAAAUCCUUCAGGAUGAUCAAGACGUACAUGGGGGAGGAAGAUGACAACAUCUGUCCUGAUCAAUCACGAUGCCCAGCAGAGUUUUCCUGCCUGAAGGCCUUGACGAGGUUUGGCUGCUGUCCCCUAGCGCAGGGAGUCCCCUGUUCCGAUGGCAAACACUGCUGUCCAGAGAGCCACCAGUGCAGUGGAGACGGUAGCUCCUGCAUCAGAGAAGAUCUUGGGCCUAUUGUUUUGUGCAACGACGGAGUGUCAGAGUGUCCGGAUCAAACAACCUGCUGUGAAGGCCCGGAAGGCGAAUGGGGAUGCUGCCCAAUGCUAGAGGCCGUUUGCUGUGAGGACAAGCUGCACUGCUGCCCUGAAGGGUGCACAUGUGAUAUCCAAAACUCCAAAUGUAUUUCCUCAUCCACCAAAAAAGAGAUGCCAAUGUGGUCCAAACUCCCCGCCAGGAUCAGAGCAGAGUGGGAGAACAGGAAAAAGGUCGAAGUAGUGACUGCCGAGGCAGCUAAUGAUGGUGAAUCAGAAAAGGUCACCACGGCAUACACAGUUCCCCCUUCAGAGCAGGAAGCAUCUGUGCCAUCUGUCACAAAAGGGGUUGGAGGUAAUGAUGUCCCAUGCAAUGAUACAGUAGCCUGUUUAGACGGCACAACAUGCUGUCAGACCAAAGACCAUGAGUGGGCUUGUUGUCCUCUACCAGAGGCUGUCUGCUGUUUAGAUUUCACACACUGCUGCCCAAAAGGAAAGAAGUGUAACCUGACCGCCCUGACCUGCGAGGACAACACAUGCUCUGUACCGAUGAUCAAGAAGGUUCCUGCCCACCCCAGGCAGGACGCACAAGUGGGGAGUGUUGCAUGCAACUCCACCGUCUCUUGUCAAGAUGACCAAACAUGUUGUAAAACCAAGGAUGGCGGCUGGGCGUGCUGUCCUCUGCAAGAGGCGGUCUGCUGUGAUGACCACGUGCACUGCUGUCCCCAUGACACCACCUGUGACAUGACCACCCUCACCUGUGAGGGCACCGUUGGCAUGACGCCCAUGAAACAGAAGAUGCCUGCAUUUACCACGCCGGCUACCACGACCACUACAGCAGCCACUACAAUACUAAGUCAGCUACCAAGCUUCCCGCAGACAGAGGUGGUGGAAUCUGAGACGGCACUUGAGAGGGAUGAGAGACCAACAGCACAAGAGGAGGAGGAGCAUAAAGAAGUGGACAGCAGCAAUAAGUGUGACGACCACACCAGCUGCCCUCAGCACAUGACCUGCUGCCUCAUAGCCAAGACGCAACAGUGGGGCUGCUGCCCACUGCCAGAGGCGGUGUGCUGUGAUGAUGGGGAGCACUGUUGCCCGGCCCACUACAAGUGUGAUGAGAAUGAGACGUCCUGCAUCAAAGGAGAGCUGGUGAUCCCGUGGUACACCAAGCUCGCAGCCACCACCACCAGCAGUGUUGAGGAUGAGUCUGGCUCUGUGCAGUGCGACGCUCUGAAUCAGUGCCCUGAACACACCACCUGCUGUCAGCUCCAAACGGGCGAGUGCGGCUGCUGCCCACUGGAAAAUGCUGUGUGCUGCCCAGAUAAGGAGCACUGCUGCCCACAGGGCUACAGCUGCAACAUCGGCUCCAGUUCCUGUCACAAGUUCAUCAUGUUGCUGGAGACUGUCCCGCUGACGCCCGUCUACCUGCCUGAGAAUCUACCCCGGCCCACUCCCGUAGAGCACAGAGAAGUCCACUGUGAUGAUCAGACCAGCUGCGAGGAUGGAAUGACCUGCUGCAGGAUGACCGCCACGACAUGGGGCUGCUGUCCAUUUCCUCAUGCAGUGUGCUGCAGUGACAUGAUCCACUGCUGUCCUAGCAACUACACAUGCGAUGAGGGCGGCGUCUGCAACCCGAAAACCAGGUUUCUCUGGCACGAUUGGCACAUAUUCCUGUCCAACAAGAAGAGAGCCCUGAUUGUGUGAAAAUGUCCCACCAUGUACAGGCAGCACUAAAUGAUUAUUUGAGUGAUGUUUCUAAUGAUUUUCUUAGAGAGUGAUGAAUUGAGCUGAUACUUGCUCCUUUCUAUCUAUAAGUGUGUUUCAGGUCUGCCUGUUGACAAAUCCAUGAAAAAAAAAACAAAAAAAAUACAUGUUGAGCAACUUUAAUCUCCAUCAGUAAAAAUAAAAUGAAACCUU